GGUGUGGAUUUUUAAAUUCAUGAAACUACAAUGUCAACACUUCAAGCAACAAAUCAGAACGAGUCCAGUCGCACUUAUUUUUUUCUCAGUGUAGUAGGAGUGAUGGAUAAACUUACCGGAAAUCUCGUUCACAUGCUGUCUGCGGCGUAUGUUUUUCUAAGCAAGAACCUCAUAUUCUAUGUAUUUAUCAUUGGACUCCUGGUGACAAUUUUCAUUCGGCUUUAUGUGGUUAAACGCAUUCAACGUUUGACAAUUGCAAUAUGGAGGAACCUCUUCAACCUUGAAGAUGAUCAUGAGGACGUACAUGAAGACACCGACGACGAAGGAUUCGUAAGGGAUGACUAUCUGUUCAGAGACCUGAAUCCGGAGCAAAGUGUUGAACUACACCGGCGCCGUCGUUUUGAGGCAGCAGCUGAGGCACUGGGAAAUAAGGCUAAUGAGGAAUUAAUAGGAGGGUCCAAUUACGUGCCCAAUUCGGGCGAAGGGAAGCUGUGAACUAAACGAACUGAUUCGUAGCUGUCGAUGCAGAAUGAUGCCAAAUACUUAAUAUUCAUGUAUAAAGAAAUGUUAAAAAUAGGACACACUUGGACGCUUUGACUUCCGUUCCAUGACCAAAUAUCCUGCGGAAUCAACAAAAUACAGUUCCAGGCCCAGUCGUAA